UCUCACUUUUCUAUCUGGCAACACUUCCAGCGGUGUUUUCUGGGCUACAGAGCGUUUUUUCGGAACAUUUUUUUUCAAUGGAAGGUACCGCUAAGUUUGCUAAGAGCUCGCCGUUGCCACAGCGCCAGCAAAGGGGCAAUCUAGCCAAUAAGAACCUCGGCAAGGUAGCCGCCCCAAAGCCAAACGCCGCCGGCGAUGGCAGUCCUGCAGAGAAAAAACCACGGUUUGGGCCGAACACCCAGAACGGAGGAGGAGUAGCCGGUGGUGGUACAGGCGGUGGUGGUGCAGGAGCCGGAGGCGGAAAUGGUGGUGGAGGUGGCCGUGGCGGCUUUGCCGGGAAUCGCAAUCGAGGAGGCAACCAGAACCGCCAGAGUUUCCAAGGUGCUAAUAAUGCGAACAAUCAAAAGCAGUCUAACGAAUCGCCAAAGUCGGCUUCAAAUGUGCCCUCAAAGAACAAUGAGCCCGCAGCUGGCAAUCAAAACCAGCAGAACCAGAACGCCAACCCCGGAGGACAGGGCAAUCAAGGACGUGGCGGUGGCCAAAACCAUCAGAAUCAAAAUGCCAACCAGGGUAACCAGGGUGACCAAGGCAGUCCGGCCAAUCAGGGAAACCAAGCAGGCCAGGGUAGUCAAGGUGGACCAGGAUUUAGAGGACGAGGUGGCAAUCAGAAUCAGCAAAAUCAGAAUGCUAACCACGAAGAGCAAGGAGGUCCAGGCAAUCAAGGAAACCAGGGAGGCCAAGGUGGCCAGGGCUCUAGAGGUCGCGGCGGAAACCAAAACCAGAACAACCAGUUUGGCAACCAGGGCCAAGGACCAAAUCAGAGAGGUCCAGGCAAUCAAGGCAACCAAGGAGGGCCGGGCUUCCGUGGACAAGGCGGUGGCCACAACCAAUCCGGAGGCGGUGGAGGUGGAGGCGCCGGAGGAGGAGGACCGCAGCAUAAUCGUUCGGGUCGCGGCAAUCGCUCUGGAGGGCAGGGAGGCAUGAACAACAGCAUGAUGGGCUCCGGAGGCCAGCGUGGCGGUGAAGAUUUCUUUAUUGCCCAGCGUCUGCGCAGCAUUGGCGGACCAACUCUUGAACUACCACCCAUUGAGGUGCCCACCGAAACAAAGUUCUCCGGCCGCAACCGUCUGUAUGUGGGUAACCUGACCGGAGACAUCACCGAUGACGAGCUGCGUGAGAUGUUUAAGCCAUAUGGCGAGAUCGGUGAAAUAUUCUCGAACGUGGACAAGAAUUUUACAUUCCUUAAGGUUGACUACCACCAAAAUGCCGAGAAGGCCAAGCGCGCCUUGGACGGCUCAAUGCGCAAGGGUCGCCAGCUGCGCGUCCGCUUUGCGCCCAACGCAACCAUUCUGCGCGUCAGCAAUCUCAGUCAGUUUGUGUCCAACGAGCUGCUGUAUCAGUCCUUUGAGAUCUUUGGUCCCAUCGAGCGGGCCAGCAUCACCGUGGAUGACCGCGGCAAGCACACCGGCGAGGGCAUCGUGGAGUUCGCCAAGAAGUCCUCGGCCAGCGCCUGCCUCCGCCUGUGCACCGAAAAGUGCUUCUUUCUGACUGCCUCACUGCGUCCGUGUCUGGUGGAGCCGAUGGAGGUGAACGACGACACUGACGGCCUGCCGGAGAAGGCGCUGAACAAAAAGAUGCCGGACUUCUGCCAAGAGCGCAGCAUUGGACCGCGCUUCGCCGACAUGAACUCGUUCGAGCACGAGUAUGGAUCUCGCUGGAAGCAGCUGCACGGACUGUUCAAGAGCAAGCAAGAUGCCCUUAAGCGCGAGCUGAAAAUGGAGGAGGACAAGCUGGAGGCCCAGAUGGAGUAUGCUCGCUACGAGCAGGAGACCGAGCUGCUGCGCCAGGAGCUGAGGAAGCGCGAGGUGGACAAUGAGCGCAAGAAACUGGAGUGGGAGAUGCGCGAGAAGCAGGCUGAGGAGAUGCGUAAGCGCGAUGAGGAGAACAUGCGUCGCCACCAGGGCGAGAUGCUUCGCCAGGAGGAGGACAUGCGCCGUUAUCAGCAGGAGACCACCCUGCUGAUGCAGGCCCAGCAGCUCAACUCGCUGCUCGACCAGCAGGAGGGAUUCGGAGGUGGCAGCAACUCGGGCUUCGACUUUGGCAACGACUCGCCUUUCGAAGUUUUUAGGAACAACACUAGCAACAACUCCACCAUGGUGGGAAACAAUUCUGGCCCUGGAGGUCAGGACAAAGUGGACUCCUUCGAAUUCGGAGCCGGCGGAAAUCAGCGCAGCAGCAGUGCCGGUGGGAACAAUGCCCCAUGGGGCCGCCGCCGCUUUUAGACACCGAAACCACUAAACGUAGUGAUAAAACAUAACGUAAUCUCAUUGAUUACGCUUCAUAUUUGACCUUUUGCUCGUUCCACGAGUGAUCAACGGGAAACAGCAACACAAUGGGAUCUUGUAAACGCAUACACCUACAUUAACAAUAUCAUUUGAUUAUAUAUUUUGAGAUAAAUAUGAUAAUCAUCUGUCGGUCUCAACAAGGAAUCCACCAUGAAGUAAUGAUAAGGAAAGGACAAAAACCUUAAGAAACACAAAAUCCAAAUCCAAAAAACCAAGCUUACAAGAUGUGCAGUAUUGCAACAAUACCAAUUAAAAAAUUCCAUUCAUCUUUUAACCAUUACCUACAUCUAUUUAAUCAUAACGAUAAUUUUAGAUAUGUGUAGUGACUAUCUCCAGUAAAAUGAUUACUUUUGUCUAUCAUUCAAAUUAAAUAUAUGAAGAUAUGACUGAAA